ACUUAUUGCUCGUUAUUCGAGCUUACAACUUCUUGCUUAUAGCUUAAUUGCUCUUAUCACGACAACACUCUAACUAGAACUGUGUUUGCUGCACAAUCCGGCAGCCUUAUAUAGUAAAUCUGUAACCAAACAUUGCUUCUAGAACAUUCUGGCAACUACGAAUUCGCUAACUAGUUGCUUCUGGCAGUUUAUCGUUGAUUUGAUUUUGUUCUAUCAUCCGUGUUCGUCACAAUAUGAAUAGUCGUGCCAUCUCUAUGUUUGUGUAGUAUUUGUCAUAUUUUACUUCGUUGAUAAGGUUUGUUUAUGAAUUUAUCCGGUUUGGCUGACGAAAUGGUACGUUUAAACAUAAUUGCAUUUGCUGUGAAGCCCCGAGUCUCACUCAUUAAAUUUCGUAAGGGUGGACUUGCUCCAAUUCAAAAAACCGAACGUCUGUCCUCGAUAUCAACAGAGGGUGUUACACGCAUUAGUGCAGCUAUCGAAGACUGGGAAUUGCCAAAACGUUAUGCGCGUAAACCUAUUGACCAGAUUGAAAUGGAAUAUAUUAAUAACGGUGGAACUAUUUAAAUUUGUUUCGUAAAAAUGGAAACCUAGAUGAACAACAACUUUUGCAUACUUUUCUUAACAAACAUAUUAAGGAAUGUGGUCUCGCAGUCGUACUAAAUUUGUAUAUUAUAUGAAAAAUUGGUUAACAUGUAAUUUGGAACUAGGUACAGAUUUGUUUAAAAAUAAACAAUUGCAUAUUUGUAUGUAUUUAUGCAAUAUUUACGCGAAUAAAACAUGUGAUUAACUUAAAAAAGAUGUAUGUAUUAUAUAAAUAUAUUCUUAUUAUGUAUUGAUUGAUAUUAAAAUCUAGUUGGUGUAAUUGAUAUAUACUCAACCGAAGAAAGUAAAUUUUAUAUAACGAGGAAUGUGAUAUGAUAGGAAAACGUCAACUAGAGGAUCGGUAUUCGUUAUGUUGAGAUCAACUCCAUUUAUAUAUAUUGCUAAACCAUUAAUAUACUUUUAUAAUUAAAAAAAAACUUGUUUAUAUCGAUUUUAAAUGUCAUUAAUCCCCCCUCUUCACAUUGAGAUUUUUGGAACGGGCUUAUUGCAUAUACCUUUUAUAAUGCUCAGGUAUACUCGCAUACAUAUUUUCAAGCAUUUUUAUAAAUAAAUAACUGACACACUGAACGACUUA